GUAGAGCGCCAACUGACGUCAUGACGCCGGGUUGAAUGAAGCGUCAUCCUUGCUGAUGUAGAGCGGCACGGCGGCCUUUCUUCGCUGCUCCACAUUUCCCCCUGUCUCUCCUCUUCUGUGCCGCUGUAUUAGCACUAAACCAUUUUUUCCAACAUGUCUAGAAAUUCACCACUUGUCGUCGCGUGUGUGCUGCUCUUGGCUGCUCUGGCCUCCAAAGUUUCAGCGGACGGUUUGGUGAACGAGGAUGUGAAGAGGACCGUAGACCUGAGCACUCAUCUGGCUAAGAUCACUGCGGAGAUCGUGCUGUCGAACCAGGGACAUUCAGCCGUCAACAGCUUCUUGUUGGGCGUGGAGGCUGACCUGGUACCCCACCUGGCGUACAUCGGAGCUUCGGUGAGCAAAGCACAAAUGACUGAAAACAAGCCGACGCCACUGUCUGUGACUGACCAGCUAGCUUUAGCCUUUAGCCAAAUGAAUGAAGGUCUCAUAUAGUUUGGUGCAGUACAUUGAGUUACUCCCAGAAUUUGCCUUUUUUUUCACAAUAGACCAUAAGUCUAGUGAAGCACGGGGUUACUGCACUUAGCGCUGAAUGCAUGAAAACUCAGGUCCUAACUUAGUCAUUGUGUUUCAUUGUGGUCCUCAGUCAGCUAUGCAAACUCUGGGGUGAAACAGCCACGUUCACUUCAUGAUUUAACAGGUAUAGUGAAUGGUGUAAUGGGACACGUGUUUUGAAUAGGAGUGCACUGAAUUGCUUAACCAAGUCUUUAUGAAUGUAUUUUGAUUUAGUGAGGAUGUGCUUUUUUUAGCGUAAACUUCCGCAGCGCUGCACGCUCUGUCAGUGUCCGAAUGACACGUAUGCGCUGGAAGGCUCACUUCCGUGUGUGACUGCGCAGGCCUGCCCCCUUCUGAGCAUGUAGCCGUAACCAUAGGUUGAGACCUCACAACAGACGAGGUUACUGUCAAAUCAACCCGUAUUACCUACAUUACAUACAUAAAACUAGAGUUAACUAUUAGGCCUGAUGACUUUAAUCUCAUUAAAUUAAUUGAACAUUGUUCAUAAUCACUCAUAUCCUAACCCUGUUACUGAAUUCAUUUAGUUUCACCAUUACAUGAGCUGUUGUUGUAGUUGUUUUAAUGUUACUGCUGUCCCCUGUCUCUCUCUCUCUCACCCUCGUGCUCUACUCUCCCUCCCUCCCUCUUACCUAUUGUCUCUCUCCUUCCCUCUAUCUUGUUCAUUUUCCCUUCCUCCUUGAAGGGAAUUUGAUUGAUUGAUUGACAUACAGACAUAUAUCGCAUAUUCAGUUAUCCUUUUUUCUGCCACAGGUGAAGAGUGAUGAAGAGGAGGAUGGCACACUUGAGCUCCAGCAGUCAACAAUCCAGGGUCAGAGGUGAGUGAUCAGAUUCAUUCACUUUCAUGAAGCCAAACUUUAAAGAUUAUGAAGAACUUAACUGUUAUAAAUACACUAAAAAAAUGUGUGCACUUGUGCUUGUUAAGUGAAGACAGUCACUGUGAGAGUGUGUUGACUGUGUAGCUUCUGUUUGGCAUUUAUGAUGAAAUUUAAAUAUGUGCUCACAGCUUCAAGCUUUAAAGGGAUAUUCUGGCGUAAAAUUAAGUUGAGUUAAACACACCGCAACACCGAGUUAGAUGUUUUGGAUUUUUUGGGGCCAAUGCAGAUACUGAUUAUUAGGGGGGAAAUUACAUGGUGCUUCACUGCUAACUUGGCGUGACCAAGACCAGCACAGCUUGGAACAUCGUGAAGUGGGUUGAACUGAAACUUGUUGACUUAUUGUAUACUUCAAAAACUGGUUUAUUUACCGUUGAGGUGGACCACUCUCCUCCGUGUGUCCUACCGCUGCCUGCUUCAGAUCCGUCACUCUGCUGUGCUGUGAGGUAGUUAGUGGAUGAAUAUUGCCAUGAGGUCGCUACGCCAUCUACAGGAUAAGUCGGGGGAUCUUUUCAAACGGUGCAACAUUUUCGAAGUGAAACCGAAUCUUAUUCUCUGCAUUUUAUUUCUGAAAAUAUCGGCGACAAUCAGCGAGUUUUGGCCGAUUACCGCUUAGUCUCAAACAGGCUAAAAUUGGCCGAUUUAAUUGGCUCGCCAAUAAAUCGGUCGGGCCCUAGUGUCUAACUUGGUGUUACUGUGUGUUUGACCCUAAAUUAAUUUUACACUGAAAUAUCCCUUUAAACAACAACAAAACCGACUUUAUUUUUCAAAACAUAAAAUGAAUAUCAUCCUGUCAGAGUGGGCUCUUUCCACAACCUCACUCUGUCAAUGAAUUUUGUCAGGUCAGUUUAUGUGGUACUUUCUAUGAAUUCCUAGAUGACAAAAAACAUAAAUAUUAAGUUCAUUUGGCAGAAAUUUCCAUGUAAAGCUGAAAGAAAUGAAAGACAGAAGGGGCAGUUUACCUACGUUAUCUAUGUAGCAGGCAUGUUAACCCAUGUGAGCCUAUGUGCAUGAAUUGUGAGAGCUAUGACUGUGAUAAGUGGGACUUGGUAGUAACAGCUCUUCAGGGUCUUUUUGAAUAAGAGGAUACUAGGAUACAGGAUAACCACCAGUGUAUGAAGCAAAAUUCAGGUUUAUCUGUACAUUAUAGAACAGCUGAUCUGUGCUGGCAGAAGAACAGGUGUGAGUAGUGCUGAAACAUGGAUGAUAUCUAUUUGUGUGCAUUUCAUUUUUCAACCAUCUUUUAAAUUGUUUGAUAUUCUGCAUCACCCGUUGGUUUGGUUUGUCUCCGCUGCUGUUAUCAGCAAUGUUCCGCACUUUAGAAUGAGAUUUACCCUCUUUGAUCAUAUCUUAGAUAAUCUGCAGGAGCAUUGACUGUUUAAUGCAAAAGUAUCUCACCAAUAUUUCCCUCUGUCAUCUUUCACUUAGUGGGCAGUUCUUCAAAGUCCAGCUGCCAUCCAGUCUGGCAGCGGGUGCUCAGCUGAAGGCUAAAGUGGAGAUGACAUACAGCCAUGUCCUCAAGCCCUUCCCCACACACAUCAGCCAAGCUGAGCGCCAGCUGGUGGUCUUCCAAGGAAACCACUACCUGUAUUCCCCAUACCCCACCAAAAGCCAGACCACACGUGUUCGCCUGGCCUCCAAGACUGUUGAGAGCUACACCAAGCUUGGUAACCCCAGCAAGAAUGACGAGAUUAUCGAGUACGGACCCUUCCGGGAUGUGGCUCCGUUCAGCCAGGUACAGCUUAAACCUGACCAGCUUUAAGAGAAGGUUUAAGAGACUCACUUUAACAGUCUGUUUGUUCUCUACUCUCCAGGAUACAAUGAGGAUCCAUUAUGAAAACAACACACCCUUCCUCACCAUCAGCAGCAUCACUCGGACCAUUGAGGUCUCUCACUGGGGAAACAUCGCGGUGGAAGAGACCAUUGACCUGAGGCACACUGGAGCCGUCCUCAAGGGCCCUUUCUCCCGCUAUGAUUAUCAGCGUCAGUCAGACAGCGGCAUCUCAUCAGUCAAAUCAUUCAAGGUGUUGUUUUCUACACUGAGAGCUGUUGCCAGAUUGUUUUUACUGCUUUGGUAAUGAUGACGAUGAUGAUGACUAGUUUUGCUUUCCCUUCAACAGACUAUUCUGCCUGCCUCGGCCCAGGAUGUCUACUACAGAGAUGAGAUUGGCAACAUCUCCACCUCCCAUCUGCAGGUUCUGGAUGACUCAGUGGAGGUGGAGGUCAGGCCUCGCUUCCCUUUGUUUGGAGGCUGGAAGACCCACUACAUCAUUGGCUACAAUCUGCCCAGCUAUGAGUACCUCUACACCCUGGGUAUGUCGAUUUUCUAUUAUCUUAACAAACUGAAAACAAACUCCUAAUAUUUUGGGAAAUGAGUAGACUCUCUGAAACAUUAACACAGGCAGACUAAUGCGACAAAACUCUCUCACUCAAGGGUUUUGUUUGCUUUCAGUAUGUUUGCUGAGUUUCCAAAGUCUGUCUUGAGUCUGUCCACAUUUACAUUCAUAGUUCAUGUUCUACAUUUUCUUGCACCUGUAUGAUAUGACCCAUUGAAUACAACAGAAUCACAGACAGAUAUUAAGUUAAACAGUACAGCCAUACAGUGAUGUUUAUAAAGAAUAUGCGUCAUGUGGAAAGCUCUGCAAACUAUGAGUGUAGCAUUUAGCUAAAGACCCACAUCACUUCUGUUGAACAAAACACAUCCUUUAUUAUGUAGCUGUAGAAAUCUGAGCCUUUAGCCAAACCCUCACUGUGCAUUACCCUGCCUGCAUAUUUACACCUUUUGAAACAGUCAAAGUCCAGUAAAGCGUGAGUAAAUAAAUGAUGAGGAGGCCUAGAUUUAUUUUUAGUGAGUUUGAUUCUCUGUCACCCUCACCUGUUAGCUAGCCAGAGGGAAAAUUCAGCUCUUUAAACUGAGAAACACAUAAAGCUUUAAUUUGUUGGCUGAAUAUUUAGCUAAAGGCUCCACUAUUAUCCCUUAUACACACAGGGAAAAUCUGCUUUGUAAGAAAAGGUGUGGGUGAGAUGUAGGGGUGUCACGAUUCUACAAAUCCUCGAUUCGAUUUAAUGUUUCGAUUUUAGGGUCACGAUUCGAUUCAAUUCUCAAUUCUUUUUCUUACAGCACAGAGGCCUAGCCAUUUUUAGGCUAGUCUAGUCUAUGAUGAUUGGUUUUAUCCAUUACAUUUUGUACAGUGAAUCUUAUUUCAAAAGAUGGCCUACAUACAAGCGAUGCAAUUUCCAUUAUUCUUGUGUAAUGUAUCACAUUAGGCACUAAUGGUCAAAUUUAAAUAAUUUAUUAGACAAUCUUAUUUUCAGUGAAAUGAAAACAACAAAAGAAAAACACAAUAAGAACAAAAAUGAGAACUCAGAGGCUCGCGUCAGCUACAAUGUGCGGCGUAGUCAUUUGCUUCCGCUUUGCACACCUCCUGGAUGUGGAGGGAGGAGAUCGUCAAUCCACUCUUUGAUUUCGAUAAUCGAGACCAUGACGUUAUUUUGAUCAAUUUCAAUAAAAAAUCGAAAUUGUGACACCCCUCGUGAGAUGGUUUCAAAUCCUUCAAAAUAAAAGGGCAACAGCUCAAGGAACACUGAACGAACAAAAACAAUACAUAUCGUCCUUUUUUAGAAAGCUACACCACAGCCAUGUGAGUUUCCUGUCAGGUUGAGUUGUAAAUUGGGCUGUUCACUAAAAUGUGAGUGUGUUAAUGAAUGCAUUCAGUUUAGCCAAAAGUGUUAAAUCAUUGUGUCCCUUAGGUGACCAAUAUGCGCUGAAGAUGAGACUGGUUGACCAUGUGUAUGACGACCAGGUUAUCGACUCCCUCACUGUGAGAAUCAUCCUGCCAGAGGGCGCCAGGUCAGUGUUUCAAGAAAAACAAAAUAAAUAUUCUAAAUACAAGAUUGUGUUAAAAGAAUCUGCAGCUUAUUCCCUCGUUUUUAUUUUCUUGUGUGAACAGAAACAUCCACGUAGACACACCUUACAAAAUCGAUCGCAUGCCAAACCAGCUGCAUUACACAUAUCUGGAUACCUUUGGUCGACCAGUGCUGGUGGCCACCAAGAACAACCUGGUGGAGCAUCAUAUUCAGGAUGUUGUGGUAAGAUAAACAUUACAAAGGUAGAUUAUUUGGCAUGCUACUUAUUGAACAUGCUUAUGUGUGCCAUGUAGCCGAUUUAAAUAUUCUCUUUUAAAAACAUGAAGUGUGGCUUCUACAGUGUGGAUAAUGGGCGGCUGUGGCUACUUGUUAGGAGGGUCCAGAGUUCGAUCUCAGGGCACCCAGUGUCGUGUGAAUGGGAUUAGUCAAAACUGAUGGACUCCACAUAAAGCAGCCUCAGCCAUCAGUUUGUGAAUGAGUGCUGUAAAUGCAUGAAUGUGAAAGUGCUUUGAGUGGUCAGAAGACUAGAGAAAGCACUUUAUAAACAUUGUCCAUUUACCUUUUUCACAACCAUGUGUACCCAUUUUAUUUAGCAAACUAUUUUUUUUUUUUUUUUAAAAAAGGUAUCAAUAUCAAUACAUUUUCAUUUACAUUUACGUUUUUGAUGCGAUCCUUAUUUUUUGGAGAGAGAAUUUCUGGGCAGAGUUUUUCAAGUCAAGACACAGCAAGACUUUUGACAUCAGUGCUUGUUCCAGAUUUUUGCCUCUUGUGAUAAAUUGCUAAUCUAAUUACUAUUUUUGUAGAUUUAAUUCAUGUAGAUCGUCUUUGGCUGCUCAUUUCAUUUGCGUCAUCAUUGUUGUAGAUGAUCUGUUAGACUUUUCAUGUAAGGGAAAGAAAUUAUUUUGAGGUCACAUCAUUUACUAAAAUCUAAAGUCCUCUGUGGAACCUCCUUUAGCUUUAUGAAACACAUUCAGCUGAUGUUAAACUCAUGGUGAGGUGUAACAGGGUGAACAGAACAAAAAGACCCAAUAUCAAAAUUAGAGGACUCCUGUGGGUGUUUUACAUGAUCAUUUUGACCCGGAGAAAUUGUCUUUUCUCCCCAGCAGAAGUCUGCUAAUAGACCAUAGACCAAUUAAAACCAAAUAUUGUAUACACAGAGAGAAGACUUAUCAGAUUAUUUUGGCCUGAAAAGGUUACCUAUGUUUAUCAAUUUUUUUUUUAAAUGGAGGGGUGAGGAAAAAGAAGAAUCUCUGUUCAUACAGUCUUUAAAGUGGGACCAUGGGAUGUAUUUGUGAUAAACUCACUCUGUUUUAAACUAACAGCAGUGACGAGUCAUGUUGGGUGUUCAGAGGUGCUGUGCAUUACCUUCAAAUCAUGUUUGUAUGUAUAUUUUUCCUUGAAUUAUAGAGUUAGAAAUAUAUUUAUGUUCUGUGAGUGUUGAGGCUUUAUUUACAUCAAGAUUCCAAAUUCUGUUUCGUACUUUUCAGGUUCAUUAUAACUUCAAUAAGAUCCUGAUGCUGCAGGAGCCUCUCUUGGUUGUUGGAGCCUUUUACAUCCUCUUCUUUACCGUCAUCAUUUAUGUCCGCCUCGACUUUGCCAUCACCAAGGUAUGUUUGAUUUCUGCAAGAUGUUGCAGCCUUCAAUGUGCAGAUAUUCUGUGUGUUUCUGUCUUUAAUCAGUUCUCUUUUUUUUUGUUGUUUUAAGUUGGUAUCCAAUAGGGAUGGGAAAAAUUAAUUGAUACAGCAUAGUAUUGUGAUAUUUUGUCUGGUGAUAUAUCGUAUGGUCUCAUUUACCAAGUAUAAUUUUUUUCUAAAUUAAUUGUUAAUAUGAAGUCAAAUCUAUGAUAAUGGAAAAAUAAAAUUAAUUGUUUGUCCUGUGAGAGUUUGUCCAGAGGUGACAUCAUAGAGCAGGAGAAAGUUAGCAUAACAAAUAUAUGUAAGGUUUGUAAGAUGUGCUACAUGAAAAUAAAAUACUGUAUUAAUAAGACAAACUUCAAGGAAAGACAAAUGCUAAAUUAGCUAAACAAUGAAAAAUUUUGAUAAAUCGCAAUCUCACUGUAUUGCAAAAUGUUAAAAAUCGCAAUAAAAUCGUAUUGUGGCCCAAGUAUUGUGAUAAUAUUGUAUCGUGGGACCACUGGUGAUUUCCACCCCUAGUAUUCAAACCACCAUCUAAAGUAUUUCCUCAUCUUUCUUUUCUGUUCAGGACCCUGCUGCUGAGGUUCGUAUGAAGGUGGCCUCCAUCACAGAGCAAGUGCUGACUCUGGUCAACAAGCGCCUGGGACUGUAUCGACACAUGGAUGAAGUGGUCAACCGCUACAAGCAGUCACGAGACACCGGGGCUCUAAACAGCGGGAGAAAGACUCUGGAAGCCGACCACCGCACUCUUACCAAUGAGAUCAGCUCGCUGCAGGCCAGACUCAAAGCUGAGGGCUCUGACCUGGCUGAUAAGGUGAGUUACAGAGUCUGAGAACACAGAGAGAGUUGGCGUUAAUUUAACUGUAUAUUUAAACCUUCCUCUCAUCUGUGGUGUCAGGUCGGAGAGGUGCAGAAGCUGGACGGCCAGGUCAAGGAGUUGGUGUGCCGCUCCUGCCAGGAGGCGGAGCGUCUGGUGGCGGGGAAGGUGAAGAAAGACGCUUACAUCGAGAGUGAGAAGAAUCUGACCGGCAAGAGACAGGAGCUUGUGAGCCGCAUCGACAGUCUGCUGGACGCCCUCUAAACUACAUCUGCCACUGCUGAGCACAUAGAAAAACACACAAACACACACACACACGCUCACACACCACCCUGCAACAUCAUUAAAAAAGCUGGCUGCUUGUAGGUGUGCAUAUAAAUUAAUGUGACUCAUGCUUACAUGUUGUUGUUUUUUUGUACCAACACUGAACCCAGACAUGGACUGUUAACAUCUCCUCUAAAUGUCAGUGAUGGGUUUAUCCAAACACUGGUGCCUUUGUGCCUUGUGAUAAACUCGAGGUCACUGCGUGCCCAGCUUUACAGCAGCUACAUCACAGCUUCUGGCUUUUUUGUUUUUCAGUUUGCUGGGCUACAUUUACAUUGUCGUCAUACUUCGCUCAGAUGUGACACUUUGUCUUCUCUUCUUCCUGAGUUUGUACGGUUAUGGGUUUGUUUGUUUUUUACUAAUUAGCCAAGGGCCAAGGAGUUUUUUCAGUCUCAUAUGUCUUUACUCACAUACCUGUGUUGUAUUCAAAGAUUCAAUCAUCUUCAGUUCAAGAAUAAGAAAGGUAGCGUCUCCAGAUCAUGUCUCUUUUGCACUUACUGUUCCAACGCGGCCCUGAUUUAUGUUUUUAUUUCACCAAAUCUGAAGCUCUGAUUCUGUGUCAUCCCAAAAGCUCUUUGUUGAUGUUGAUCAGUCAUAUUUUCUACAUUUUGUAUGAUUUUCAUUUGUUUUGUAAGUGGGAUGGUUUGAACAUGAGAUUAGUGAGUACAUGAGGAGAUUCGCUUGUAUGUGAGAAAAGACAUGAGAGAAGGGACACAGAUGUUUGUGAAAUGGAAAACUGUCAAAUUUGGAUUAAAGUUUUGAGAAACUGAUCACUU